CACUGCGUGGAGACCGGGAUGAUCCUCACAAUGUCGCCCUUGUGCCCGGGAGCCAUGGUGGCAGAGGAAACUAGAUCCAGCACAGCAUCCUCUUCCACUAACCUUGGAGUCAUGUAGGCAAAAACAAAGAUAACUGAAUGCACACUAUAGUGCUCUUUGGCAACAGCUUUCUGGGAAAGGUUAGAAAACACAGACAAGCUUGUUGUCUGCAGAGAUUUCUCAUCACUUAAAAACAAACAGGAAAAUGGAAACAAAGCCCGAGAUUGUCAGACAUUCAAAUGGUCAUUAACAUCUGGAGCAGAGAGGACAACAGCCCUGUUUACACACUGUUGACCACAGAGAGGACCAUAUGACCGGAGUGAGGAGAGUCAGGGGUGAAAUGGAGAGACAGAUGACAGUUGAACACUCAGAGUUUGGUCAGAGGAACUAAUAGUGAUAAAGUGGGCACAAGUAAAGCUGUGAUUUAUCCAGGAAUUUCCUGGCUGGACAUAGAGAGAAAACAUGGUGAUUAUGUCGGUCAGUGCUGGAGGAUGACUGGAGAACUGCAUCAUCUCACUUACACAGGAGCAGGAAAAAUGGCAUCCUUCAUAAUGAACUGCGCUGUGAUACUUUUCUUAACAUCAAGCCACUUCACGUGGGCCUUAGCUCUUUAUACUCACAACAGAGCAGUAUCUGCUCCCAAGAAGCUGCAGUAUCUUCUAGAGCCACCUGUGUAUGCAGAGGUUGCUGGCCGAAGGGGAGACAAUGUCACCUUGCCGUGUAUCCUCAGAAUCAAACCUAGACAUUACAAGAUUAAAUGGACAAAGCUGGAGCCUGAAUAUGUGGGGCAUGAGAACAUUAUUAUGAUAUCAAAUGCAAAAGAAUUCAAGCCAUAUGGUCAUCUUGGACAGAGGGCUUCUCUCCGGAAGGCUCACCCUUUGGACGCCUCCUUGCAACUCAGUCAUCUUGAGCUGGAAGAUGGCGGCACGUAUCGCUGUGAGCUGAUAAAUGGCAUAGAGGAUGAAAAUGUUGCCAUUAUUUUGAGAAUUGAAGGUGUGGUUUUUCCAUAUCAGAGUAAAAAUGGCCGCUACAGUUUAACGUUCGAUGAAGCCAAGGAGGCUUGUGUUGAGCAGGAUGCUACAAUAGCCACUUAUAACCAGCUCUACAGAGCCUGGACUGAAGGUCUGGACUGGUGUAAUGCAGGUUGGCUUCAUGAUGGAACUGUUCACUACCCGAUCAUUCAUCCCCGGCCAGUCUGUGGAGGAGGGCUGCUCCCAGGAAUUCGCAGUUAUGGUCCAAAAGAUAGGAAUCGUGAUCACUUUGAUGCUUUCUGCUUCACCUCCCAAACAUCUGGCUCUGUCUUCUACGUACCGGGGUCUUUCUCCUUCGAUCAGGCAGUCCACGCUUGCAAACAUCAGGGAUCUGAGAUGGCAUUGGUUGGGCAGCUUUAUGCUGCCUGGCGCUUCCAAAGCUACGACCAGUGUGACGGUGGAUGGCUGAAGGAUGGCAGUGUGCGGUUUCCCAUUAGCAACCCCAGGAAGAAAUGUGGAGGCAUCCCAGAGGCAGGGGUACGCUCACUUGGAUUCCCGAACAAGACGACACAUCUUUAUGGAGCCUAUUGCUAUAGGUAGCCUAAAUUACAAAAUUCAUUAGUGUGGAAAAAGAACAGAUCGUCUAAGCCACAAAAACCUGGAAAACCAAAAAUUCAUUCCUGUAUCAAGCAGUUUGGAGAAAUAUAUACUUCUAAAAUCUUCCGAAAAUAAAAAGAUAUCUCAAGUUUUAAGGCAUGGACACUUAAUGACAGCAAAAUUAUGGGGACUGAUCUUUCAUUAAUGGCAUUAUUUAAAUGACAACCUGUUGGGAUCAGGUGUUUAAUUUGCAGAUUGAAACAUGAUCCACACGCACAAUCAUCUUCCUCUUAACUUGGAAUAGCUUUCUGAUAGCAAACCAACCAGUGUGCCCAUUUAAUGUAACAGUGACCUGCUUGCAGUGACCUUAUUCAAAGCAGCUAAAACUUACAUUACAGCUGUACUAGUUUAUCUGUAAAUUAACGGCUUUGCUUUAAUCUACUCAAUAAAGAUGUUUCCACAUA